AAAUAUCUUAAAUUCAAAGCGCCUAUCUGUAGAUUAAGUGUGGUUCCAAUAUUACAAGCGUGCUCUAGAAAUGUUAUCUUUACUAAGUGUAUGCUGACCAUGUUUAUGAAUCAUUGUGACGAGAAAACAAUAUUAGUGAAUACGCGUGUACGUUAAUUGAGGCAAUGAUAUAAAAAAUCGUUACACAGAAGUUUGAAUAGUUAAUUUCAUCAUUGGUAUUAGAAGCCCUCAUUUCGAUAUCCAAUUUCCGAAUUUUUACCUGUGAGUUUGUGUUCUGUGGGAGGAGAGGUAGUGGUUUAGAAGGCUAGUGAACGUGCGAGGGAACUGAGCGCUCUUGCUCGCGGGAACCCCGGUGACUGUCGGCGCGAAGACACCUGUUGUUGCGUUUGAUAUGAAAGUGAAUCUACUCAUAGCUCGGAGUGUACAAUGACCAUGUAUGGCAAACCGGCGGACGACGUGUUUGUGAAGUAUUUAAGACAUUUAGUUAUUUUGGCAUUAACCAUACUGUUAUCUGUUGAGAACAGUGAGUGUAGCGGAUAUGGAUAUCAUGUUAUACCGUCUGUCGUGUCAAAUAAAAUAUGUUCUAACGAGUGCAAGGAGUGGAAGCCGAAACAGUGUUGGGACGGUUACUUGAAAAGGAAUGUCUGGAAGAUGGUGUGUGAGAAGAACGAGAUCACGUGCUGUCCGGGUUUCCAGGGGCCCCAGUGUGAGGAUGAAUGCAUUAACUGUGAUAAAAUAAAUAGCUUUGAAAGAAGAUUUGUCGAUAUAUAUUCCAAGAUAACCAAAAUAGACGAACUGUGCUCCAAUAUUUCCAAUUCUGGUGGUGGAGGCACGAAGGACUGCACGUGUCCAGCCGGCCCACGUGGAGAAACUGGUCCAGCAGGACCGCCUGGGUUGCCAGGGCCACGGGGGUUUGAAGGACCAACGGGGCUACCAGGCAAACAGGGUUCAGAUGGCCAAGCGGGAUCACCAGGGAAUGACGGAGCUACAGGAAGAGACGGUCCGAGAGGGCGCGACGGGCUGCCGGGUCCGCGAGGAGAACAGGGCCCGUCCGGUGAGACUGGUGCUCCAGGUCUACAAGGAGUGCCGGGAAGUCCAGGAAAGCCAGGGACCUCUGGUAUAGAUGGACUACCGGGCCAAAAAGGCGAGACAGGGUCUAACGGGGAGCGUGGUAGUCCAGGACAAAAGGGUGAAAGAGGAGAACCUGGCUUACCUGGAAGAGACGGAACUGGCGGGGGCGGAGGGACGGGUAGGAAAGGGGAACCAGGUAGAGACGGAACCAGUGGGCGCGAUGGCAUGCGGGGUCCUAAAGGAGAGUCUGGUGCUCAAGGGCCUUCAGGGCCCCCAGGGCAUCCGGGACAAGAAGGUCCAAGCGGUCCAUCUGGACCACGAGGUGAACCCGGCUUGCCCGGUGUACACGGUCAAAAGGGGUUGGACGGAGAACCUGGACUUCCAGGAGAAGGAGGAUUGGACGGACGACCGGGUCAAAAAGGUAAUCCCGGAGAACCUGGACCCCGGGGAUUGCUAGGGCUUCCUGGGCCGCAGGGUAGUAAAGGUGAACCCGGAUUUAAUGGAAUACCCGGUGAUCGUGGCUUCCCGGGUUUGGAUGGGGCACUGGGAGCAAAGGGUGAAAAGGGUGAUAGAGGAAAUGUCGGACUUCCAGGCCCUCAAGGCCGUGAUGGUAUCCCGGGAAGUAUUGGUGAACCAGGCAUUCCUGGCCGCAAUGGUCAUCCAGGAACACCGGGACUCACUGGCUUACCAGGUGAGAUGGGACCAAAGGGUAUGGAUGGCAGAGAUGGAGAGGAAGGCCCAUCAGGAACACCGGGGCCACAGGGGCCGCCGGGGCCCGCGGGCAGAGACGGCAUUGAUGGACACCCAGGGGAACCUGGACAGCCGGGAAGAGACGGCAGCCCGGGUGACAUCACCAAGAUCGAGGAAAGCACAAUCAUCAAAGAACUUCAAAACACUGUCAAGCACCUGGAAACCAAGAUUGAGCGGACGCACGUGCAGCUCCAGGGGACGACUGAGCGGCUGGAGACCACCCGGAAGGAGCUUCUGGAGUUACGCCUUAUAUGUAACCGGGUCGUCAGUUGUCGGUUCAACUGCAGCGAGGACAGCUACAUGUGCAGCUGCGGCAUGUGCAUCCCCCGGAAGUUCCAGUGUGACGGCUUCCCCCAGUGCCCCGACGGAUCAGACGAGGACCCAAAAAUCUGCGAAUACGAGUGCCAGGUUGGUGUGGACUUUAAGUGCCGCUCUUCCGGCCGCUGCAUCCCGGUCGCGGACGUCUGUAACGGCGUCAUAGAUUGCCCAGACGGCUCCGACGAGGACGCUAUCAACUGCCCGGACUCGCAGGGAUGCACGGAGGGCGGUUUCCCGUGCCAAGAUGGCAGCAGGUGCGUAGCGCGCGAGGAGCGCUGUGACGGCAAGGACGACUGCCAGGACAGCAGCGACGAGAAGGACUGCAAUAGAGCGAAAGAAAUAGGGUGCGAGGAGAACGAGUUCAUGUGCAAGACGUCGAGGGAGUGCAUCCCGGCCGUAUUCACGUGCGACGGGGAACCUAACUGCCAGGAUGAAUCGGACGAGAGCGUCGACAUUUGUAAGGAGGGGAGGACGUGUCCAGAGGGCCAGCUGCUGUGUGCCGACCAGAACGGCUGCAUCUCGCCGUCCCAGCUGUGUAACGGCAUGCGGGACUGCUUUGAUGCAUCGGACGAGGCCCCCGCUAAAUGUGGGCCGCCGCCGACGACAGCGGCGCCACCAACGCCGACGCCAGAGAAGGCGACUAGUACGACGACCGUGACAAGAACUACGACAGAGGAGGACGUCUUGGGAUCCGGGGAUUAUGGGUCCGUGAGCUGCGAGGAACUGUAUCAGAGUUGGAACGACCCUGGCUUCCCCGGAGGCCAACCACCACCGCUUAGCCCCGACGAGGCAGUGAGCGAGGAGCUGUGCCUAUACCUGCGUACCCGCACCAUCGAAAACUGCAAGUCCGCAGAGCCCAGGGUGAACGCCGCCCUGUGCGAGCAACUUCUCAAUAUCGACCUGCCGGAAAUGGCCGCCCGCCAUCGCCGCCACAAACACAUUGAUGACGAGUUGUCCCCCAACGAUGACGACGAUUUGCGGGACAUGCAGGGGGACAUGCCCAUGGAGCACCUUAGUUUUGAUGAAAUUCCAGACUUGUCCUUCGAUGAACUGGACCAUAAGGGGAAAUACAGAGUUGAGAUUGAGUCGCCGCCUGUUGCGCACGCCGCGCAGGGGAAGGCUUCCGGCUCUGCAUGCGCUCUAACUGCCAAUGGCUUGUUUCUGGCUGUUAUGUUGCUUUGCGGCCUUAUAUGUAAAUUUGUUUGAAAUGUUAAUAUUUACGAAAUCGGGUAUUUACAACUAGUUGUCUUUCCUCACACAAAGUGCCAUAUUGAACGGUUUCAAAUACACAUUUGAAAGAAUUGAAAAUGGAAGCGAAUGGAACAACAAUCAACUUGACGAAACUUCUGUCGUAGUUUUAAUAGUUAACGAUGGGUAGAGGUCAAACACUUUCCUCGUGUCGUCUACAAGAGAGGAAACAAGGAAACGCAUUGCAGAUCUGUGGUAUUAAAUGUAUACUUAUUUAAAACGUGUCUUACUCAGGCGCUGCUGUUUGUUAUGGCGGGGUACUUUUUAACCCAUCGCACAAAUUGAUAUUAUAGGUUGUAUGUUUUUAUGAUGAUUUUUGUAAUUUAACCUUACAUGACCAAGGUCACUCAUCGCUGUAAAUGUGAUUAUAACCCAGGUUUGCAUGUGGAUGUUUGGACGAUGUUUAUGAUUUGUGUUGUUCAUUUUUGUUUCUGUAUCGUUUCUUUGAUGUAGUGUUACAUAUGUUACUGUCUUUGCGCUUCUAUGCAUAUUUAGCACUUAUUACUACUUGUACGCAUGCUGGUGUCUAUAACAGAGAGCUAUUUAAAAUUCGUCAUACUUCGUGCAGUAAUAAGAGGGCCAGUGACUUUGAUAACUGUUCACUAGUUGUUUAUUCUUAUGUAUACAAAAUCAGGGAGGUCUGCGUAUAUACAAGUACGAUAUGAGCAACAAUAAAACCUCAACAGCUCUCACAAUGUUUAAAUGUGCCCUGUAUAGUGAACCUUUACUUACCUAUAGAACAUUAUAAACAAGAUAUGAGAAUUAUAUUACUUUCCCAUAUUUGUAUUCAUCCAAAACUAUGAUUAAAGAUAAAUGGGAAGUAAGUUAGUAACACAACAAGUCCAUCUACCACUGCAAGGCGUGAUAUUUCUAGGUUGAACAUCGUUUCCCCGCUGUGAACUGUCCUCGAGAACCACGAUGGGAACAUUCAGUGUCUGUAUUUAUAACCUUGCCGGAGUUCAUGUAGCAGCGCACUUGACAAAAUGAUCUAUGUUGAGGUAUACAAAGCUGAGUUAGUGCAAUUCUAUCAGUAUUAUUAAUCAUUGUAUAUACAUGUAUUGUAAUUUGUUUCAAAAUGUAUUCAAAUAAACGA